AUGAAUAGUAGCCAUUGCCCGUGUUCUUCCCACGCACCAGAUAAUGCAAGGAACAGCUCGGAUGCAGCAUUACCGAUAGUCUCUCAUGCUUUACAUCGGCCUUCGCAGUCGAUUGAUAACAAUGCGUUGCGUCCGAGCUCGCAAUCGAUCGCAUCUACUGAGGCCACGGUAGUCCGCUCCAAGACCCUGUCGGAUAUGUAUUCGGAUUACACCGUCAAAUUUGAUUAUGACCACGUGUCGCUUUCAGAAGCACUAGCACCGAAUCCUAGCGAUGAGGCCGAUUUCCAUGUUGACGAAAAUCGGUUCGCCUUCUCACCUGGACAGCUGAACAAAAUGCAAAAUCCCAAGUCCCUCGCAGCGUUCUUUGUCCUCGGUGGCUUGCAGGGGUUGGAAAAGGGUCUGCGAACGGACCUUAAUGCAGGUCUAUCUGUCGACGAGGGCCGACUGGAUGGCUUUGUAGAUCUUCAGCAGGUCACGCCACACCUGUACGACAAGUCACCCUAUAUCGCUAAAUCGCAACUGGAAGCCAAUCCGGCUCCAGCAGUAGCUGUAACAACCAACGAUCGUUCGAAAUUUGAGGACCGCAUCCGCACCUUUUCUGAGAACAAGAUACCGGCCCGAAGGUCAGCUGGGUUCUUGAAGCUGUUUUGGGUCGCCUACAACGAUAAGAUCAUUAUUUUGUUGACCAUUGCCGCUAUUAUUUCAUUGUCUUUAGGGAUAUAUGAAACGGUAGAUGGCGGCACAGGCGUGGAGUGGGUGGAAGGGGUGGCUAUCUGCGUGGCGAUUCUGAUUGUCACCGUCGUCACCGCUGCCAAUGACUGGCAAAAGGAGAAGCAGUUUGCCAAACUCAACAAGCGAAACGAUAACCGCGACGUUAAAGCCAUUCGCUCAGGCAAGUCGACAAUGAUAUCUGUUCACAAUAUCAUGGUGGGCGACGUGCUCCACAUAGAGCCCGGUGACUCUAUUCCCGCUGACGGGAUCUUGAUCUCGGGUCAUGGUGUGAAAUGCGACGAAUCAUCGGUCACCGGCGAGUCUGAUCACAUAAAAAAGACGAAUGGUCAUGAAGUUUGGCAGCAGAUUAUUGAAGGCCGUACAAACAAGAAGCUUGACCCGUUUAUAGUCUCCGGUAGUAAGGUCCUCGAAAGCGUUGGCACCUAUCUCGUGACCAGUGUUGGACCGUUUUCCACAUAUGGUCGACUUAUGCUGUCGCUGCAGACUUCUAACGAUCCAACACCACUCCAGGUAAAAUUGGGUCGUCUUGCAAAUUGGAUCGGGUAUCUAGGAUCAGCUGCAGCUAUCAUUCUCUUUCUUGUCUUGUUGUUCCAAUUCAUUGCCGAUCUUCCGAAUCAUCCUGAUCAGAGCUCUACUGUCAGGGGCCAGCACUUUGUGGAUAUCUUAAUUGUGGCUGUGACUGUUAUCGUUGUCGCUGUCCCUGAGGGCCUUCCUCUUGCAGUUACACUUGCUCUAGCAUUCGCUACGACUCGUAUGAUCAAAGAGAAUAACCUGGUUCGCGUUCUACGGGCCUGCGAAACAAUGGGAAACGCCACGGUAAUAUGCUCGGACAAAACAGGGACGUUAACACAAAACAAAAUGACAGCCGUCGCCGGCAUGUGGGGCUCAAAUUCAAGAUUUGGUAUACUACCAGACGGUGAAGCUACACCUAGGAAUAUCUCAGAGGUUUUCCAGCAAAUUACGGCACCGGUGCGAGAUCUUAUUGUUAAGAGCGUUGCCUUGAACUCUACCGCCUUUGAAGAAAGGAUGAGCAGCCAAAAAGAGUUCAUUGGGAGUAAGACUGAAGUCGCAAUGCUCCAGUUAGCCCAUGAUUAUUUGGGUAUGGAUCUUACUCUAGAGCGUGCAUCUGCCGAGACUGUCCAGCUUUUUCCAUUCGACUCGGCGCGGAAAUGCAUGGGUAUCGUUUACCGCCUCUCUAAUACAGAAUAUCGGCUCCUUGUUAAGGGUGCUUCCGAGCUGAUGAUCGGUGCGUCUUCUACGCAGAUUGCAGAUAUAGCUACUCCUGAGAAAGGGCUCCACACGGAAGUUCUCUCAGAGGACGACCGACGUCAAGUCCUUGAGACCAUUGACCAAUUCGCUAGGGGGUCUCUUCGAACGAUUGGAAUUGUAUACAAGGACUAUACCAGCUGGCCUCCGACAGGGGCUAGGAAGCUAGAAGAUGAUCCGUGUUCGGCUGAUUUUGACGAUGUCUUCCGGGACAUGACCUGGGUCGGGGUCGUGGGCAUUCAGGAUCCCCUUCGGCCCGAGGUUCCUCCAGCGAUUCGCAAAUGUUAUUCCGCAGGAGUCCAAGUCAAGAUGGUGACUGGGGACAAUCUUGCAACUGCUAUCGCGAUUGCGUCGUUAUGUGGUAUCAAGACUGAAGAUGGGUUAUGCAUGGAAGGCCACGAAUUUCGACGCUUAUCGGUUGAGGAAUUAGACCAGGUAAUUCCCCGCCUGCAGGUUCUAGCACGGUCUUCGCCAGAAGACAAGCGUAUUUUAGUAGAGCGGCUUAAGUAUCUUGGCGAAAUAGUCGCUGUAACGGGCGACGGCACAAAUGACGGGCCGGCUUUACGAACCGCGGACGUUGGAUUCUCUAUGGGUAUUGCCGGCACCGAGGUAGCUAAGGAGGCUAGCUCAAUCAUCCUUCUCGAUGAUAACUUCCGAUCUAUCGUUACGGCGAUCGCCUGGGGACGGACGGUGAACGACGCCGUUGCAAAGUUCCUUCAGUUCCAAAUCACGGUCAACAUCACGGCCGUCAUUCUGACAUUUGUGUCAUCCAUUUAUAGCGAUUCGAAUAAUCCCGUGCUGAAUGCCGUGCAGCUGCUCUGGGUGAACCUUAUAAUGGAUACUUUUGCUGCACUAGCCCUAGCUACCGACGGUCCAACACCUGAAAUUCUGGAUCGAAAACCCGUGCCUAAGAGUGCCUCACUCUUUACUAUGAAUAUGUGGAAGAUGAUCCUCGGACAAUCAUUGUACAAACUCACCGUGAUCUUUAUGCUCUACUUCGCUGGGGACCAACUUUUGAACCCACAACUUGACAGCAACGACCUAGGACUUCGAUCUAAACAGCUUUCCACAGUUAUCUUCAACACAUUUGUGUGGAUGCAAGUUUUCAAUGAGUUCAAUUGCCGCCGCCUCGACAACAAAUUCAAUGUCUUCGAGGGCAUGUUUCAGAAUUACUGGUUCCUGGGUAUCAAUGCCGUCAUUGUCGGUGGACAAAUAAUGAUAGUAUUCAUUGGUGGUCAAGCAUUUCGUGUGACCCGUCUCAAUGGGGUUUUAUGGGCUGUCUGCCUCAUCUGUGCGGUGGGCUGUAUGCCGUGGGCUAUGAUUCUACGCAUGAUCCCCGACCACCAUUUUGCUAUUGUUUUCAAUUCUAUGGUCGGCACUUUGUCUGUCAUCUUCCGGCCGUUUGUCAAGGUUUUCCGGGCCAUUAGUAGAGGUCUCAAAGCUUGCUUCCGACCUGUUACACGGUUUACCCUCCGAACUUUUGGUCAACGAUGA